UAAAAUUUGCAAAUAUUGGAAUGACCCAGUCGGAACGUAUAUCUUGCAAAGAUUACAACGUUUUUAAACAAUCCCUUAAAAAUCUUAGGAGACUAGACGAUUUAAUAGUUCAAAAAUUAAAUACCACCAUCCCCACUGACACCUUCAAGAAUCAGUGCUCCAUCGAAAAAAAGCGAGAGUUAUGUGAAUCGUUCAGGAUAAAGCUCGCAGAAGCUCAUAAAUUUAGAGAAUGGUGCAUCGUAGAUUGUAUAGCUGAGGCAGAAAAAGAGGUUAACGAACUAAGGACGCAGAAGUUGGAGGACCGAGACAACGAUGAUGUUGUCGAGGCCUAUCAGUCAUCCUUACAAAAGUUACGAAUGCUUAAGAGCGAUUUAGCGGCUGAACAGGUUGUACAGGAGCGUUCCAUAAAAGUUUGGUCUCAGCGCUGUUCUAGUACCGAAGUUUUACAUAAUUCUUUUGGCUGA